AUGGCAGUCAAGGCUCCAUGGCUGGCUCUCUUGCUUCUGGUUUCCCUCUGGGGGCUGUCAGCUCCAGCCUUGCUUCUCAGGCGCCUGAGAGAACACAUUCAGAGGUUUCAGGAGAGCUCUAACCUCCAUCUGGGCUUUGGUCUAAGUCAGGGUCUUGUGACUGUCCCCAAACAAGGGUGGUUAGAGCAGCCAUUGGAUCCCUUCAACGCAUCUGACAGAAGAACCUUCCUGCAGCGGUACUGGGUGAAUGAUCGACACAGAGUUGGCCAAGAUGCACCAGUAUUUCUGCACAUAGGGGGUGAGGGCAGCCUUGGGCCUGGCUCAGUGAUGGCAGGGCAUCCUGCAGCACUGGCCCCUGCCUGGGGCGCCCUGGUGAUAAGCCUGGAACACAGAUUCUACGGUCUGAGUAUGCCUGCUGGGGGCCUGGAUACGGCCCAGCUUCGCUACUUGUCCAGCCGCCAUGCGUUGGCUGACGUGGCCUCGGCCCGCCAGGCGCUCACCCGCCUCCUCAACGUGUCCGCCUCCAGUCCCUGGAUCUGCUUCGGAGGUUCCUACGCUGGCUCGCUGGCCACCUGGACCCGGUUGAAGUUCCCCCACCUAGUCUUCGCCGCCGUCGCCUCCUCGGCACCGCUCAGCGCCGUGCUGGACUUUCACGCCUACAACGAGGUGGUGGCCAGAAGCUUGACACAAGUAGCGAUAGGUGGAUCGCUGGAGUGCCUGGCGGCGGCCUCCGCAGCCUUCGCGGAGGUGGAGCGGCUUCUGCGCUCAGGUCCCGCAACUCAGGCCGUGCUGAAGGAGGAGCUGGGCGCCUGUGGGUCGCUGGACCUCACUGAAGACCAGGGAGAGUUGCUGGGGGCGUUGCAGGCGCUGGUGGGAGGCACCGUGCAGUACGACGGGCAGGCGGGAGCUCCGCUGAGCGUGCGCCAGCUCUGCGGACUCCUCCUCGGGGACUCCAGCAACCGCAGUCACUCCACGCCUUACCUCGGGCUUCGACGGGCGGUGCAGAUAGUCUUGCGCAGCCUGGGCCAGAGGUGUUUAAGCUUUUCCCGGGCAGAGACAGUGGCACAGCUGAGAACCACCGAACCUCAAGUGUCAGGCGUGGGGGACCGGCAGUGGUUGUACCAGACGUGCACUGAGUUCGGCUUCUAUGUCACCUGUGAGGGUCCUCCCUGUCCUUUUUCCCAACUCCCAGCACUGCCCUCCCAGCUUGAUCUGUGUGAACAAGUGUUUGGUCUCUCAGCUGCAUCUGUUGCCCAGGCUGUGACCCAGACAAACUCCUAUUAUGGUGGCCAGACCCCCGGAGCCACCCAAGUUCUGUAUGUUAAUGGGGACACUGAUCCCUGGCAUGUGCUGAGUGUAACCCAGGACUUGGGACCCUCUGAGCCAGCCCUUCUCAUUCCUGGUGCUUCCCACUGCUUUGAUAUGGCACCUGUGAGGCCUUCAGACUCUCUCAGCCUCCGCCUGGGGCGCCAGAGAAUCUUCCAGCAGUUACAGGUCUGGCUUAAAGCUAUGAAGAAGAACCAGGAUUGA